AUGACCGGCCGAAACGAAAAUGACGACUUCAACUCAAUCUGGAACAUAUUAGCAGCAUCAAUCCGCGAAAUCCAUACAAAGAACUCGUCUCUACUCUCAUUUGAAGAGCUCUAUCGAAGUGCUUACAAGCUGGUUCUGCGCAAACAGGCAAUGGACCUGUAUGGAAAAGUAGCCGAUCUUGAGAAAGACUGGCUAUACAACGAAGUUCGCAAACAAGUCGCAAGCUUAAUCACUCCGGCUCUACUUACGAUCGGUGACUCGGCCGAUUCUAAUGACCAUGCAAAUGAAAGAAAGGCGGCUGGCGAACGAUUGCUGGCAAAGCUCAAGGAAGUCUGGGAGGACCACCAGCUCUGUAUGGGCAUGAUCACAGACGUCCUUAUGUACAUGGACCGUGUAGUGAUACAAGAGCUUCGCCAUCAAUCAAUAUACGAUACCUCAAUGUAUUUCUUCCGCGAUUGUGUCCUGAGAUCGGACGUCGGCGGGGACGAGGCCACUACUAUUUCUUCCGUAUUCGAAAACACAAUUCUUUUCAUGAUCCGCCUUGAACGUGAGGGAGUAAUCAUCGACCGUGCGCUGAUUCGACACUGCGUAUAUAUGCUCGAGGGAUUAUACGAAGACGGAACCGAUGAUGCAGCUGGGAAGCUCUACCAUACCACCUUUGAGCCUGCGUUCCUCGAGGCAAGCCGCAGGUACUAUACCGCGGAGGGCCAACGGCUCCUAACAACCACCGACGCAGCCACAUUCUGUAAGCGCGUUACGGAUAGAAUCAGAGCGGAACAGUCCUGGUGUCAGCAAACCUUAUCUCCUGUAACUGAGGCUAAAAUCAUGGCCGUCAUCGAUGAUUGCCUUAUCAAGGAUUACAUCGGUGAAGUCAUCCGCAUGGACGACAGUGGCGUGAAGUACAUGACCCAAAACGAUCGGCUUGACGAUCUACGCAACGUCUACCUUCUCAAUGCUCGCAUUGAUGCAAAAAAGGCAGCAUUGACUAACGUUGUGCAGAAAACGGUUGUCGAGUAUGGGACCGCCAUCAAUACUGCAGCCAAGGAGUUCUCACAGAAUCCACAGGCGUCUAUAACGCCGGAAGCAGGCAAAAAACCUGCUGCAUCUGAAGAUAAGCAACCGACUAUGAACUUGCAAACUGCCGCUGCGAUAAAGUGGGUGGACGAUGUCCUCCAGCUAAAGAAGAAAUUUGAUAGAAUCUGGGAAGAAGCCUUCGUGAAAGAUCAGACUAUGCAGACCUCCCUCACCACUAGCUUCUCGGAAUUUAUUAAUAUAAACCCUCGCAGCACCGAGUAUCUUUCCCUGUUCUUUGACGAAAACCUAAGAAAGGGUAUCAAAGGCAAAACUGAAGAGGAGGUUGACACUCUUAUUGACAAUGGGAUUACCUUACUACGAUACAUUCGAGACAAGGAUCUCUUUGAAACUUAUUAUAAGAAACAUCUCUCUCGCCGCCUGCUCAUGAAGCGGUCAGUGAGCAUGGAUGCCGAACGGCAGAUGAUUGCAAAAAUGAAGAUGGAAGUCGGAAAUACAUUCACACAGAGACUGGAAUCCAUGUUUAAAGACAUGGCUGUUUCCAGUGACCUCACAUCUAGCUAUCGGGACUACAUAGCCCAGCAUGGUGAUCCGGAUCCUAAACGAGCUGAAUUGGAAAUGAGCGUCCUCACAAGUACCAUGUGGCCAAUGGAAAUAAUGAGCAGCUACAACAAGGAUGGCCAUGUUCAGCCUCCGUGUGUUUACCCUAAAAACAUUGAAUCGCUCAAGCAGAGCUUUGAGCGAUUCUACCUCGACAAACAUAGCGGGAGGAAGUUAUCGUGGCUGUCAGGUAUGGGCACAGCUGAUAUCCGAGCUACCUUUACCCGACCUAACGGCAAGGUUGAACGACAUGACCUAAAUGUCUCAACCUAUGCGAUGGUCAUCCUACUGCUUUUCAACGACCUGCCUACGGGUGAAUCUCUCACCUUUGAAGAAAUUCAAGAGCAAACCAAGAUUCCCGCCAACGACCUGAUCAGGAAUCUCCAAUCGCUCGCUGUUGCACCGAAGACCCGUGUAUUGCGAAAGGAACCUAUGAGCAAAGGCGUGCUACCUACGGACAAAUUCUCCUUCAACGAACAGUUUACCAGCAAAUUCACGAGACUCAAGAUUGGUGUCGUCAGCUCUGGAGGUAACAAGGUAGAGAACAAAGACGAACGCACGGAGACGGAGAAAAAGACUAGUGAAGAGCGAGGAGGAACCAUCGAGGCUGCAAUCGUUCGAAUCAUGAAACAACGAAAACAACUAGCGCACUCGCAGCUAAUCACCGAAGUGAUCUCCCAGCUUGCCUCUCGCUUCAUGCCGGAUGUGAACAUGGUCAAGAAACGGAUCGAGAGUCUGAUAGAUCGCGAGUAUUUGGAGCGUAUCACCGAUUCUGAUCCGCCUGCCUAUUCAUACGUUGCUUAG